CAAAGAGAUGUGGAAUACCUAGGUAGCGAUCGCGAAAAGGAGAAGGCUACCUAGUACUCAGGCUACACAUACAUCGUGAGAAAUUUGAAGGACUCCUUCAGGCAAAAGCAAGAAGAUAUCAAUAUCCCGUACUACGAUUUAUCAAAAGGGUCUAUUGCCGCUCAUCCUGCGCAGACUUCUAAGAAGCAACUGGGCAUCCUUUCUCACAUGCAUCGUGGUUGGUCAUUCUAUGUACCUAUCUCCGUAGUGGGGUUUCAAGUAGAAGAAAAACAAACCGAGGGAUCCUGCCACGGCAGCGAUACAUUGCCCCUGUACGACGUGACAAUAUGCCUUGAACCAACAUACCAAUAUACCGAACAAUCGCGACGGCGAUAGCGACAUCAGUAAUAACAGUCGAUCGGCCGAACGCGAUACAUCAUGCCUAAGAACGACUUCCCGGUACAGGGAAGACUUGUGGUCGUUACUGGUGGAUCGCGGGGUCUUGGUCUUGCAGUAGGACGUCAGCUUGCUGAGAAAGGCGCCAACGUCGUCAUUGUUGCGCGCGACCAUGAUAGGUUAACUCAGGGGAUCGAGCAUAUACGACAAGGAGCGUCCAAUCCCAAAACACAGCGUUUCCACCAAAUAAGCGCAGACCUAACACUGGCACCUGAGGCGGUGCGCGUUAUCAACGAAGUAGUAUCAUGGAACUCGGGAAACCCACCAGAUAUCGUAUGGUGCUGCGCCGGCAUCUCCCGCCCUAGAUUGUUCAUCGACACCCUAGUGUCAGAUUUCGGGGCGCAAAUGAAUACCAACUACUUCACUGGUCUGCACAUGGUUCACGCAACCCUAAAAUGUUGGCUCAAGAGUUCCCCGAAGGACACUCUCAAUGAGCCCGGUGCCCAACUAAGUACCCCACCGCUCGCCCGCCAUAUCAUCUUCACCUCUUCCUUCUUAGCAUUCUUCGGCUUCGCCGGGUAUACCGCGUACAGCCCAGCCAAAGCCGCGAUACGAGCUCUAGCCGAUACCCUAUCCCAAGAACUGGGCUUAUACGCUGCCGCGAACCCGCACGAACCACACGUCCGCGUCCACGCAGUUUUCCCCGCUACGAUCCAAGGCCAGGCUUUGGACAUCGAGAAUGAAUAUAAAGCGGGUAUCACCAAAAAGCUGGAGGAAGGAGAUGCUCCACAGGCACCGGAAUUAAUUGCCACCAAAGCCUUAAAGGCCUUAGAAGGCGGUCAGGAGAUCAUAACAACUGAUAUCCUAACGAGUCUGGUGAGGCGGAGUAUGCUGGGAGGAAGCAUCAGGGGUGGUGUUCUGGCUGCAAUUUGGGACUGGUUCCUUGCUGGUAUCAUGGCUUUCGUUAUGAUACUUGUAAGGGGUGAUAUGGAUAAGAAAACUAAGGAAUGGGGUCGUAAAUUCGGCGCUUCGGGUAAUAAGCAUGAUGCUUAGCAAGUCUGAGCCUCUUUUAGAGGAGCUAGUUGUGAACAGUAAGUAAUGGUAGAAGAGGGCGCGAAUUUGAUAUACUAUGUAAAUUGCUGCAUAAAUAGCUGUAUACUGUUAAGGGUUAAUAAAAGUAGCUGUGGAAUGGUAUGCUAGAACAAUGGUUAUUAUGAUACAUCUAGCAGAUCAGGAACCCUAACACUUGAGGGAAAGGCAAAAUCUAGGAGAUAGACUGGUGGCGCAAAGGAAUUCAAUCUCGUAUCGCCAACUGUUCUUGACAUCAUCAAUCCAGAUUACGUUGCUCCUAAUAUAGAAAACCACGUUGGUUAAGUGCAUGGAGUUAUUAGCCGGCGAAGAUUGAUCUAGACUUAUAUCAGUAACAUUCAACCUAAA